AAACGAGAGAAGAGGAAGCAUGAGAAGAUCCUGAGCGAGGAGCUUUAUCGAGCGAUCACAAACCUGAACCAGUUCCUCCCGCCGGAGCACAACAUCGAGUACAUCGCCUGGGACAUGGCCAGAUACACCAAGAGUAAGCUGUGCAAUGUGUUGGAUCGGCUCAGUAUGAUCGCCGAAAGUGUGGUGAAGAGGACUGGCUUCUUCGUCAACCGCCCCGACUUCUACUGCCACUCACUGCGGCCUGAUGAAAGGUGGGGAGAUCUUGGAGGAACCGUCACACCUAAUGGACGCUUACAGACGGGGGUUUUGAGGACGAACUGUGUGGACUGUCUAGACCGAACGAACACGGCUCAGUUUAUGGUUGGCAAAUGUGCUCUGGCGUAUCAGCUCUACGCUCUCGGCAUGAUCGACAAACCCAAACUCCAGUUUGACACUGACUGCGUGAGGUUGUUUGAGGAGCUGUAUGAGGAUCAUGGAGACACUCUGUCUCUGCAGUAUGGAGGCUCUCAGCUGGUUCAUCGAGUGAAGACGUACCGUAAGAUCGCGCCCUGGACGCAGCACUCCAAAGACAUCAUGCAGACGCUCUCCCGUUACUAUAGCAAUGCCUUCUCAGAUGCAGACCGUCAGGACGCUAUAAACCUGUUCCUGCAGGUCUUCCAGCCAUCAGAGACAAAACCACACCUGUGGGAGCUGCCGACAGACUUCUACCUGCACCACAGUAACACGAUGACCCUGCCGCACCACAGACACAGCUACACACACUGGUGGACUGGCGGAGUGUUGACCUACCUGCCCUUACCGUUUGAUGAAGCUCAAUGUGAGGAGAACAUGAAGAAGGUUUCAGUGAAGCGUGUGAACAGAUAUGAGGAGAGCACAGACAUCUACACUGAGUUCUUCAAACCGUACGAACUCACAGCCUUCGAUGACACUUUCAGCAUCUCUAUGACCAACUCAGCCAGGGAUUUCAUGCCGAAGACAGUCGGUCUCGACCCCAGUCCCUUUACUGUCCGCAAACCAGACGAGAGCGCCAAAUCAGUGCUGGGCAGUAAGUCCAGUAAGGAGGAAGCGGUGCUGCAGAGGAAGACGGCGGCCAGCGCUCCUCCUCCUCCCACAGAGGAGCAGAUCUCCAGCAGCUCUGAAGACGACAGUGAAGACGAUCGAGAAGACGACGCCAGCGCCUCGCAGAGAUCCACACCUAUCAGACUGACGGAGACCAGCCAUGAGGAUCCAGGGCCUCAGCAGCGUCUGCCUGCCGCCAGAGAGACGUACGGCCUCAAUCUGCUGGCCAGUCCACCGGAUGAAGACAUACUCAUAUACCACAGGUUUGCUCAUUUGGGUCAAAACCAGCACAAAGUGGAGCGACACGACGACAUGAAGAAAUCAGACGCCGUCAUCAGUCUUGCGCCGGUGUCAGUGUUUGCGUCUGACAGCAUCUACGAGGUGUGCGCUCCUGAAGUGGACGUCCAGAGCCGGAAUCUGUUCGAGACUCAUGUGCAGACGGCGCGCGGCUGGGUCAGGACUCUGGGUCAGGAGGACGUGCUCAUGUACCGCGAAUACAUCAGAAACAGAUACAUGUGAACAUCUCAUACACGCAUACACCAUCUUCAGAUUCAUCGUGGACUGCUGAUUAUUUAAUAAUCAGCUGAUAAUUUUUAAUAAUCUGCUGAUAACUUAAUAAUAUUCUAAGGAUUAUUUAAUUACUGUUACAGUUCUGCUCAUUUUGAGGAUAUUGACCAUCAAUUGACCACCAUUGACCAUUGUAUUUUGUUAAGAGCUACAUGGUAAAAGUAAUAUCAAUUUCCACUGCAUUAAACUAUGCUAAGCUUUUU